AUUAUCUUCACCCACCACGCACACAACACACCACACCACCACCAUCAUAGAGAGAGAAACAGAAACAGAAACAGAAACAGAAAGGGACAAGUGUUGUGUGUGCAUUUCGUAUGUAUGUGUCUUUGCGUUUCGCAGCUUUCUUUCUUUCUCCGAUAAACACUCUUAAACUUUAUCUUACUCCUCAAUCUUCUCCCCUCCAAUCCAAUUUUCCCUUCAUUUUCUCCCUCUCUUUCACUUCCUUCCCACUCACACAACUCAUAAUAAAUUCACGCAAACCACGCUUAAUUCAGAUCCAAACUUCUUCCUCAAUUCUCACUCGAUCAAUCCAUUUUUCUUCCAAAUCAAAAUUCUUCACAUCAUCCAUGUAUCGAAUCUUCUCUAGAUGGAGAAACGUGAACGAAAUCACGUCACUUUCCGGUCGAACCGGGUUCAACAGGGUUCGACCAAUCUCGACCCAUCUGAAUCACUUCAUCGUCUCCGGCGGCGCACAUCGCCGCCGUGAGUCGCUGGUUGGCGUUCAGGAGCGGUACAAGUGGGACCGCGGUGGCUCCGAUGACGGUAGUACCCAUAACACGACCCGGAAGAUUCGGGCUGAGGCGAAUUGCCCACGUUGUACCAAGGACAUGAACCUUAUUUUCUCCAAUCGCCAUUUUCCUGCUACCAGUGAUUCUGAUUGUGGUUCCAAUUCUGGUUCUUCUGGUGGUGGUGGUGGUGGUGGAGGAGGAGAAGGUGGUGGUUAUCAAGCGGUGAAUCUGUGUCCAAGUUGCAACACUGCUUAUUACUUCAGGCCUAACAAUACUACACCUUUGCAAGGUACCUUUGUGGAGAUUGGUAGAGUCAGUACUAACAAUGGUAGUUACAAUAGUGUUAUUGGCAAUCCCAAUGGAAAGUCAAGGAGGAUUGGGAGAGGUGGUGGGAAAGAAAGUGGUGGUGGUGCUAGUAGUAAGAAUGGUCAUGUUGGAGAGGAUGCUGGUCUUAGGGGACUUGCUAGUAAUUGGCUUGAAGUGUCAUUUUGGGACACUUUGAAGAAUGGAGGUGCUAAUGGUAAUCAUGGUGGGGAGCCACCUGAGACAUGGCCUCCACCAGGUGAUGGUAAGAAUGGGAAUGGUCUGGCUGUGCAUACUCCUCCAGGCCCUCCUUUUGCACCGGAUAUUAAUGUUAUCCGCGCUUCGGGGCCGCGGGAACGCGGUUCAGGGGGUGGAGGUGGGGGCAUUGGAGAGAAGACGACGUGGGGAGGGUCUAAUUUGGGGAAGGAUUUGCCAUCACCAAAGGAGAUCUGCAAAGGUCUUGACAAGUUUGUUAUUGGCCAAGACAGAGCCAAGAAGGUGCUUUCUGUAGCUGUUUAUAACCAUUAUAAAAGAAUAUACCAUGCAACUUUACCGAAAGGGUCAGUCGCAGAUGCAGGAACUUCACAAGCAUUAGAUGAUGACGAAAAUGUGGAGCUAGAAAAGAGUAACGUUCUCUUGAUCGGUCCAACAGGGUCAGGGAAGACAUUACUGGCAAAAACACUAGCUCGAUUUGUCAAUGUUCCGUUUGUCAUUGCUGAUGCAACAACCUUAACACAGGCCGGUUAUGUUGGAGAGGAUGUUGAAUCGAUACUACAUAAACUACUAGCGGCAGCAGAUUUCAAUGUUGCAGCAGCUCAACAAGGAAUAAUUUACAUUGAUGAAGUUGACAAGAUAACUAAGAAGGCUGAGAGCUUAAAUAUCAGCAGGGAUGUUUCUGGCGAGGGUGUUCAGCAGGCAUUAUUAAAAAUGCUGGAAGGAACUAUAGUAAAUGUUCCAGAGAAAGGAGCCAGGAAACAUCCACGGGGAGAAAACAUUCAGAUGGACACAAAGAAUAUUCUUUUUAUAUGCGGUGGAGCAUUUAUUGAUCUUGAAAAAACCAUUUCAGAGAGACGACAGGAUUCUUCUAUUGGUUUUGGAGCACCAGUUCGUGCCAACAUGAGAACUGGUAGAAUAGUAGAUUCUGCAGUAACAUCAUCUUUACUUGAAACGGUGGAAAGUGCUGAUCUAAUUGCAUAUGGCCUCAUACCAGAGUUUAUUGGACGAUUCCCCAUCUUAGUUAGCUUGUCAGCUUUAACAGAAGACCAACUUAUGCAGGUCCUCACAGAACCAAAGAAUGCUCUUGGCAAGCAGUACAAGAAAUUAUUUAGUAUGAAUAAUGUAAAACUACACUUCACAGAGAAAGCUCUAAGACUUAUAGCGGAGAAAGCAAUGGCCAAAAAUACUGGUGCCAGGGGUUUAAGAGCCCUAAUUGAAAGCAUUUUAACUGAAUCCAUGUUUGAGAUUCCAGAUAUUAAGACCGGAAGUGACCGGGUUGAUGCAGUUGUUGUUGAUGAAGAGUCAGUAGGAUCACUAAAUGCCCCUGGAUGUGGAGGGAAAAUUCUUCGCGGAGAUGGUGCUUUGGAGCAGUAUCUAGCUAAGAUGAAGGAUUCAGUGGUAAAUGUAGAUGUAGCUGAAUCAGACUCACAAGAGGUGGAUUCAGAUCUUUCAUCAAGAGCCAUGAGCAUGUAAUAUUAUAUUUCACCAUGUUCAGUGUAUAAUUUUUCAGUGUCAUUGUUAUUUGUAAAGAUAGCAUUAAAAAAGUUGCUGUAAUUAUCCCUUGUAUAACAGCAUAGCUUCUGGUCUAAGUUCACUGGAUAGGAAGGAAUAAGAAAAGGAAAAAAAGAAAAAGAAAAAGAAAAAGAAAGGUGUAGUGUAGCAAUGCUAAUUUAGGCAGCACAUUAUACAGAAUUUCAAUUGUUUUUUAGCAAGUCUUACUGAAGCCAAAUUUUCUCUUGUAACUGGAAUGUCCUACUGAGAUUUAAGAUCAAUUUCUGAAGGCACCAACUGAUUAAUUUCA